CCCUCUCGCUCCCUAUCCUGAAAAACUCCAAGCAGAUAAAGCGCGGCAGCACAGCGCGCGCACCGGCGACGCCCGCCUCCCUCCCGAUCGCCUUCUCCGUCGCUCCUUCCCAUGGCUCUGUCCACCAGCUCGUUCGCGGUAUGCAGCCUCCAGCCAAGCAGAGCUAGUAGCAUUCGGGCGGGCCGUGCACCGCCGCCGGGUGCUGCCGCGGUGGUCUCGUUUACGAGGACGGGGCGCCGGGCGAACGCGACCAAGGGCGUGUCCGCCGCGUGCGAGCCGCUGGGGCCCGACAGGCCGGUCUGGUUCCCCGGCACCUCCCCUCCCUCGUGGCUCGACGGCAGCCUCCCAGGGGACUUUGGAUUUGACCCGCUUGGACUAGGGUCGGAGCCGGAGAUGCUGCGUUGGUUCGCGCAGGCGGAGCUGAUGCACGGGCGGUGGGCGAUGCUGGCGGCGGUGGGGAUCCUGGUCCCGGACCUGCUGGCGCGGUGGGGCUUCAUCGACGGCGGCUUCUCGUGGUUCGACGCCGGGUCCCGGGAGUACUUCGCGGACCCCUGGACGCUCUUCGUGUCGCAGAUGGCGCUGAUGGGGUGGGCGGAGGGCCGGCGGUGGGCGGACAUGCUCAACCCCGGCUGCGUCGACAUCGAGCCGGACCUCCCCAACCGCAAGAAGCCCGUCCCCGACGUCGGGUACCCCGGCGGGCUGUGGUUCGACUGGGCCAACUGGGGCCGCGGGUCCCCCGAACCCGUCAUGGUGCUGCGCACCAAGGAGAUCAAGAACGGGCGCCUCGCCAUGCUCGCCUUCGUGGGCUUCUGGUUCCAGGCCGUCUACACCGGCCAGGGGCCCAUCGACAACCUCCUCGCGCACCUCGCCGACCCAGGCCACUGCAACAUCUUCUCGGCGUUCACGUCCCACUGAAUGCUAGUUACCUUACCAGCCAGAGAAUGGAGCCGUGAACGCUUUGUACCUGGCAGCAAUUUAUAUGAUGAUAUCACAUGAGAUGCUAGGUGGAAAACCUAUUGCAACAGUAACAAACAGAGCGCCACGGUCUUUUACUGGUUUUCGCGCUUUCUUUCCCCCCAUCCCCUUUCAUACGGUCGAGCAUGUGACCUUGUAGAACAGAACACCAUGAGAUACUGCAAUGCGACCAGAGAACAUCAAA